CCUUGCCGCGGCACGCCGUGGCCCGGGGAGGGCACCGCGCCCCGAGAAGGUCCGCCCUGGGCGGCUCCCGCGGGGGGCGCCUGCUCGGGGUGGGGCGUCGGCGCGGGUGGCGGGCCGUGGGCGCGCAGGGCCGCGGGAGACGCGCGCCGCGUUGCUGUAACUCGACACCGCGCGCCGGCCCCCGCGCCCGAGCGCUCCCCAUUCACCGCGCCGGGUGAUUGAGCGCGGCGGAGAAGGGCUCCGGGUGCCGCGGCGCCGCCGGCCGGGGAUUCCUUUACAAAGGCUCGGGAGGACCGCGCUGGGAGCGUCCUCCCGCGGGGGCGCGCUAGAAACUCUGAUUUUUUUUUUUUUUAAUUUCUCCUUUUUUUUUUUUUUCCUUCCCCUUGGGCUCCCGGGCUUGAGACACUCUCGGAUCCCAGCCCUGAGCCACUUGCCGACUUUGCUGAGCUCGUCCCCACCUCGGUACGUCUUCUUGGAUACUUACUAACUUGUAAAUCUGAAGAAUGGCAUUCCGGGCAAUAUCUGUGUUGGUUGGAGUAUUUGUUUGUUCCAUCUGUGUAAAAGGAUCCUCUCAGCCCCAAGCAAGAGUCUAUUUAACAUUUGAUGAGCUUCGAGAAACCAAGACCUCUGAAUACUUCAGCCUAUCCCACCAUCCUUUAGACUACAGGAUAUUAUUAAUGGAUGAAGAUCAGGACCGGAUAUAUGUGGGCAGUAAAGAUCACAUUCUUUCCUUGAAUAUUAACAAUAUAAGUCAAGAACCUCUGAGUGUUUUCUGGCCAGCAUCUACAAUCAAAGUUGAAGAGUGCAAAAUGGCUGGCAAAGACCCCACACAUGGCUGUGGGAAUUUUGUUCGUGUAAUUCAGACUUUCAACCGCACUCAUUUGUAUGUUUGUGGGAGUGGUGCUUUCAGCCCAGUAUGUACCUAUUUGAACAGAGGGAGGAGAUCAGAGGACCAAGUUUUCAUGAUUGACUCCAAGUGUGAAUCUGGAAAAGGACGCUGCUCUUUCAACCCCAAUGUGAACACUGUGUCUGUUAUGAUCAAUGAGGAGCUUUUCUCUGGAAUGUAUAUAGAUUUUAUGGGGACAGAUGCUGCUAUUUUCCGAAGUUUAACGAAGAGGAAUCCAGUCAGAACUGAUCAACACAAUUCCAAAUGGCUUAGUGAACCUAUGUUCGUGGAUGCACAUGUAAUUCCAGAUGGCACUGAUCCAAAUGACGCAAAGGUAUACUUCUUCUUCAAAGAGAAACUGACCGACAAUAACAGAAGCACAAAACAGAUUCAUUCCAUGAUUGCUAGAAUAUGUCCUAAUGACACUGGCGGACUGCGUAGCCUCGUUAACAAGUGGACAACCUUCUUAAAAGCAAGACUGGUAUGCUCGGUAACAGAUGAAGAUGGCCCGGAAACAUACUUUGACGAAUUAGAGGAUGUAUUUCUGCUGGAAACUGAUAAUCCAAGGACAACACUAGUAUAUGGUAUUUUUACAACAUCAAGCUCAGUUUUUAAAGGAUCAGCAGUAUGUGUGUAUCAUUUAUCUGAUAUACAGACUGUGUUCAAUGGGCCUUUUGCCCACAAAGAAGGACCCAAUCAUCAGCUUAUUUCCUAUCAGGGAAGAAUUCCAUAUCCUCGCCCUGGAACUUGCCCUGGAGGAGCAUUUACACCCAAUAUGCGAACCACCAAGGAGUUCCCAGAUGAUGUUGUCACCUUUAUUCGAAACCAUCCUCUCAUGUACAAUUCAAUUUACCCAAUCCACAGAAGACCCUUGAUUGUUCGUAUAGGCACCGACUACAAAUACACAAAGAUAGCUGUGGACAGAGUGAACGCUGCUGAUGGCAGAUAUCAUGUCCUGUUUCUAGGAACCGAUCGGGGUACAGUACAGAAGGUGGUGGUUCUUCCAACAAACAGCUCUGCCAGUGGUGAGCUCAUUCUGGAGGAGUUGGAGGUCUUCAAGAAUCAUGCUCCAAUAACAACGAUGAAAAUUUCAUCUAAAAAGCAACAGUUGUAUGUGAGCUCCAAUGAAGGGCUUUCCCAAGUGUCUCUGCAUCGCUGUCACAUCUACGGUACGGCCUGUGCUGACUGCUGUUUGGCAAGAGACCCAUACUGCGCCUGGGACGGCCAUUCUUGCUCUAGGUUCUACCCAACUGGGAAGCGGAGGAGCCGAAGACAAGAUGUGAGACAUGGCAAUCCGCUGACACAGUGCAGAGGAUUUAAUCUAAAAGCAUAUAGAAAUGCCGCUGAAAUUGUUCAGUAUGGAGUAAAAAAUAACACCACUUUCCUUGAGUGCGCCCCCAAGUCUCCACAGGCAUCUAUCAAGUGGCUGUUACAGAAAGACAAAGACAGAAGGAAAGAGGUCAAACUGAACGAAAGAAUCAUAGCCACUUCACAAGGACUCCUGAUCCGCUCCAUUCAGGAUUCUGACCAAGGACUGUAUCACUGCAUUGCAACAGAAAACAGCUUCAAGCAGACCAUAGCCAAGAUCAACUUCAAAGUUCUAGAUUCUGAGAUGGUGGCUGUUGUGACAGAUAAAUGGUCCCCAUGGACCUGGGCCAGUUCUGUAAGGGCUUUACCCUUCCACCCAAAGGACAUCAUGGGGGCAUUCAGCCACUCAGAAAUGCAGAUGAUUAAUCAGUACUGCAAAGACACACGGCAGCACCAUCCACAGGGAGAAGAAUCACAGAAGAUGAGAGGGGACUAUGGCAAGUUAAAGGCUCUCAUCAACAGUCGGAAAAGUCGAAAUAGGAGGAAUCAGUUGCCGGAGUCAUAAUUUUUCUUAGAUGAAGUUUAUGCUUCCUGUAGCAAAUGGCCUGUCUUCAGUGAUCAAAUUUUAAGCAAAGAAUCUUACACUUUAUCCAUGAGAAAUUCCAGAGAAAGGCAAUUACUCUCAAUGUGAAUGUUACAUGAACUGAAAUGAGCAUGCAUUUUCUUGUAUGAUAUUGACUAGCACUAGACCUGCCAUAGUCUUCAUGGUGCUUAUUAGUAUUUAACUUAACUCCAGAUUUUAUUUAUGUCUUUAUUUACCUAGUCUUCAAAAUCAAUAUGGCGGCUAUAAAAUGAGAAUUCUUACAUCCCUUAGCUGAACAAGGGCCACAAACCUGUGAUCUGCCUAUCUAGGGGUUCAAUUUCUUACAGUCAGUGAUUUUAUGUGUGAAAGUAAAAUGCCAGUUUUAUAAAUGACACGAAAGCUGUAUAAAUGCAUGUGACAGAGUAGCAGUCAAAAGAUGUAGACCUGGUAAGAAACAAGGAAGAAGGUACCUAAAUGUUGAGUAAGACAAUUUUAUUUCUUGAAGAGAAAUGAGCUGAUAUACUUUCAGUGAAAUAUAUUAUUGACUUUUAAGAUUCUAAGUUACUGAUAUCUAUCACUGUUCUUCCCUUAUUUCAGGAAAGUGAACUAUAUAACCCUCACCAUAGACAUCUUAGAUUGGCACUAUAUCAUGGAAGCCUUUAACUUCUUAUUCUUGUGUUUUCAUCAUCCAUACCAAAAUACUUUCAUUUUUGAAAUUAUUUAAUUUAUUCUAGAUUCAGGGAAUAUAUUCUUGCAAUGUUUAUUGAUUGCUGUGUUUUUCUCAUGUUCUAAUCAAUAUGGCAAGAUAUACAGUAUAAGAAAAAAAUAUUGUUGUCAGUUACUAAUAAAAAAAUAGUUUAACCUAACCAUAAGUAAAAGAACAUUUUUGUAUUAUCAAACUUGUAUAUGAAGGGUGAAACCACCGAAGUGUAAAAAAUACUAAUGAUCCAUAAGAAAAUGUAUUAUUAUUAAGAGAAGUUUAUAAAAAUUGUGGUUGCUAUCUAAUUCCAAUAAUAAAUUUCAGUUAUUAAGUCACAGCUUUUUUAGAAAAUCAACCUCAGAUAGCAUAUUCAUUCUUAAGUCACCAUUCAUUUUUUAAUGACCUUUGUGUGUACUGAAGUGGUACUCAUUUUCACUAGAGAAAUGAAAAAUUAUCUAACAUAAAAGCAAAUAGAUGUGCUUUCUUUUAAAAGAACGUUGCUGCACUAGCUCACUGCUAUAUAAAUACAAAUGUAGUAAGUUUAGAAUAUAAAAAAUCAUGUUCUAAUUAUUCUGUGGAUAAUUUAAUUUGAAUAAUUUAAUACUAAGAAUUUUUUUUACUCCAACUAACAUUUAAGUGAUGGAAAUAAGAAAAAAAACCACACUAUCAUUUUUAAACAAAGUAUUUGCUCUUUAUUUUGUUUUUUAAACACUUUUGUGCUUCCAGGUAUAAACAGAAAUUAUGUGAUAUAAUUAAUAAUUUAAAAUUAUUUCCAAUUAGCAAUACAUGGAUGUGUUCAAGUAUUGUUGAAUGUAUUGUUGAAUUUUAAAUUAAUAAAUUAAAAUUAUUUCCAAUUAUCAAUACAUGGGUGUAUUCAAGUAUUGUUGAAUAUAUCACCAUUUUUAAGCACUGCCAUAUAAAACUUCAGUGUAAAACUUUAAGGACUAAAUAAGUACCAAAAUCAUUGUGAAAAUCAGUUUAAUUGAUAAAAAUCUAAGCAUAUGAUUUAUUAUCUAAGUAAUGGUAGAUUAUGAUAUAUGAAAGGAAGCUUCAAAAGACAAAAGAGUAAUCAAAAUAUACAAAAUAAGUAAAGUACAUUUUUAGAAAAGCUGUUUUUAAAGGCUAUUAUUUUAAAUACAUUUGAUUCCAAAAUAAUCUUUGAAACAGUUUAUUGUAUAAAUGGUGUACUUAUUUAAAAGGUGAAAUUAAACUUCUCUUUUCUAUCCUAGAUGAAAAGUAGAAAUAUGUAUCAAUAUUAAAUUCAGAUCACCUUCUGUGUUUAUGGCCAAUUUAUCCUAUGUACAGAGUUGAAGAAAAAUUAUCUUAAAGUCAUAAUUUAGGGUGCCCCUUGCUUCAUGUAAAUUAAGACUGUUAGACAAUAAGGGUGUUUGGCUGUGAAAUAUCUUUUGUGCCUGAAUUUAAUAUCUUCUACUCUUAACAUUAUUAUAUUGUAUAUACUUUUAUUACUUUUCUCCUAAAUGUGUAGAAAUCUUGAACAUUACUGCCAAAUACAAAGAAAAUUUUCUUUAAAACAAUGUCAACAUAUACUGAAAGUUGGUGGUUGGUUUUAUUUUGUGUAGUUUGACUAUUUGGGUCACUUAAUGUAUUAAUUUCUUUUGUAUUGUAUAUAAAAUUCUCUAGAAAUGCACUUUUUGUUCAAAGUGUUGGUUUGUGAAUAGAUUUUUAGCAUGAUGAAGCUGUCAUUACAGUGAAUGUUCACUCCAUGUAAGAAAAAAACUAAAUGUAGUUAGCAAAGUAAUAUUUAAUUGGAUAUUGAAGGAAUCAUUUGCCUGUCAAAAUAAAACAUGUUGAUUUCUUCA